AUGGCACAGGAAGAAGCAAAAGAGGCCCUUCCAGAGACACCCGAGGGGUGGAGCCGCGCCGAGUUCAUUGAGGAGCUCACACGCGGUCUCUCAACGGUCAUUCUAGUGCAGCAUCCACUGGGCAAGACCCGCAAGCGAUUGGCUGAGUCACUCGCAUCAGCAGCUGCUGCCACAGCAGCUGCUGCAGCAGCAGCAGCUGAACCAGCAGCUGAGCCAGCAGCUGAAGCAGCUGAGCCAGCAGCUGAAGCAGCUGAUGAAGCGGCUGCCGAGACAUCAGAGGAGGCAACUACUGAAACAGCCGAUUCAGCAUCAGCUGACGCUCCUGCUGCUGCUUCUGAGGAGGAAGAUGAAACAGGCCUGGUUGAAGCGUUCCGCAAGGCCUUCUGCAUGGGGACCUCCACAAGGCAGCAGUUUUACCUCAGCGAUUCCGGCUGGACAUUCGAGCGAGACGUUCUUUUCUUUUACCCUUCGGUAGAGUCUCAUGGCCAUAUUUGCGUUGCUGUUGCUCUUGCUGUUGUUGGUGUUGCUCCAGUGAAAUCAUCCGAGGUUGAGCGCUCAGUGCUGCUUCUGAAGCCUGACGUAACUGCUGCUGCUGCCGCAGCAGAAGCUCGAGGGGAGUCAUGUCCCGAGCGGGCUGUGGAGAUCUUGCUGCUGGAGGAGGGCCUAACGAUUUUGGCCUCCGUUGAAUUUCAGCUUCACAAGCAAGACGUUGAAAAGCUUUUCCCCAGUCGCAUCGGGAAGCCGGACUACCCCGAGAUGGAAGCCUUCCUGUGCGAAGCUUCGGGCUGCAAGGCCAUUGCGGUUGAAGGCUACGAUGCCCUUCGCCGCCUGAGGCAGCUGUGUGGGCCCGCGGAUCCCGCGAGAGCGGCCGUACUGCGGCCGUCCAGCCUGCGCGCUCUGUGCGGGACAUCUCUCCUCCGAAAUGGCUUCCACGCCCCCAAGACCAGAGGCGAGGCCGCGCGUUUCUUAGAGCUGCUGUUUGGAAGUCCACCCCACCCACAACCCCUUAUCCGCGCCCAACGCACCUUUGCUGUCUUUUUGGUGAGGGAGCUAGCGCUGCUGCCGCUGCAAAAGCAACAGCAGCAACAGACGCUGCAACAGAGGACGCAGCAGGGACAGCAGCAGAGAUGCCUGCAUCAACAGCCCGAACAAAAGCAACAGGAAAUUCGCAGGCUGCUAAAGCAGAGGGGCUUUUACGUCCUUUGGGAGAAAGUUAUCAAGCUAGACAAGGAGACGGUCAGCCUCCUUUGCCAGGAGUGGCAGGACCGGCCUGACUACCAGUCCCUUACCACCUCCCUUGAGGGCCAAGAGGCUUGGGCUUUGCUCCUGGCUCGCACGGGCGCCCCGCGGGUGUUUGCGGACCUUCUUGGGCCCCAUUGUCCCAUGCCCUUCGGCGCUGCUGCUGUAGCUGCAACAGCAACAGCAGCAGCAGCGGCCACAGCAGCAGCAGCAGCAGCCAAUACCUUGAGCUCUAGAAGUGACGGCAACAACAACAGCGAAGAGAUUGUAGCAGCUCGGCUGCGCGCGGAAAGGGCAGCAGCAACGGCAGCCGCCGCAGCAGCAAUUGUGGGAAUGCCGCGGCCAGGCAGCCUAUGUGGAAUGGCUCGCCGAUGUGUUGGCUUCGCAGCAGCAAGCGAUCAGGAAGCAGCAUCACUUGCUACUGCAUGCUCGGCGCGGCAGUUACCGCUGCUUCUGCUUCCGCAGGCAGCAGACACAGCAGCUUCGUAUCUUUUAGAGGCCGGAGCCACAGCUCAAGGCCCCCUAGCGUAUGCGCCGCCCAAGAGCUCCUUUAUGCGACUGCUGCUGUUCCUUGUGCUACUGGAAGAUUGGCGCGAAGGCCGGGAAGGGCCUCAGACCCUCGAAUCGCUGCUUCUCAAGUGCCUGAAGGCCUUGUGCAAGCAGGACCCACGCCCGGAAGGUCUGGAGGCGAUUGCCUGGAUAGGAAGGUGGCUGGCCGAUGAAGUUAAAAGAGACAGACAGUCAAAGCAUGCGGUUGCUGCCUCAGCUCAGCUCGCCAGUAGGGUGCGCCCUGGUGAGGAUGGGAAGGCUGAAGCAACUUCGGAAGCGCUACAACAGCAGCAGCAGAACACGGAAGAACAGCAGCAGGCACACCCGCGUCGCCGAAAGCUGCGACUGGAGAGCAGCACAAAGGGAUUCCGUGUGGUUCUGUUCGUGGGUAAUGAGCAGCAGCUGCGGCAGCAGCAGCAGCAGCAGCAGGAGCAGCGACCUGGAACAGCUGUAACACCCAUCCUAUCCGUGGCUGAGAUGCUGCAGGAGGCUGCAACCAACGAGGAACCCGCGAAGGCUUUGCGGUCUCUUCUGAUGUCCAAGCUGUCCCAGCGGAAGAACAGCAGCAUUUGCACAAGCAACAACAGCGGCGCCAUUAUUCUUUCAAUAGAACAGGAAUUGGGGAGCUCAGACUGGCAGCUCUUGACUGCGGCACUACCCGAAGUGCAGCCGUUAACUGUGAUUCCUCAAGGGGUCUCCGUCUCCGGUGGAGCUGCCGCUGCAGCCCUGGAGAGCGCAAGGGCCACAGGCCGGUUAAUCAACCAUUGCUGUAGCGCAAACGCUUCUGCUGCUGUUACUGCUGCUCUGCGGCCUUCCGUGGUGUUCGUAUUUGCUGACCCUGGGUUGCCGCUGGAGCCGCUGCUGCAACGGAUGUGCUGCUGCCUCGGCCUCGCCCACAUUGAUAUGGACAAGGUUUCUGCAGCAGCAGCUGCUGCUGCUGCUCCUGCCAAGAGUGGCACUGCUGCUGCUGCUGCCAUGCAGAAGAGCCUGCAUGCUCCCAUACCGGCUGCUGUAGCAUGCCCAGCCCUCCUCGACAGAAUAGCGGAACUCCAGGAAGAAGGCACGAGGUACUUGGGCUUUAUGGUGUCGAACUUCCCACGCAGCACUUUGCAAAUCGACUUCGUGGAAGAGAUGCUCCAGUGCCGUGUCUCUGCACUGGUGCUGUCUUGCUCGAGCGGUUUCUCCAAACUGCUGCCUCUGGGAUGCUGUGAGAAUCGGGGUCUUCUCCACACCGCGGAUUUGUCUGCCCUACAACACGAAGGCCUUGCUGCUGCUCCAAAACUGCUGCAGCAGCUGCUGCAACAAGGGGCAGCGAAACAGCUACAGGCUCGCGUGCUGCUGCUUCACGGCCCGCCUCGAGCUACUGCAGCAGCAGCGGCAGCAGCGAAGGAUGUGCUGCCGGCUGUUGUUGUUGCAGAUGCAGAAGCACUCCUUUCCCUAGAGCACCAACAACAGCAGCGCCAGCAGGAGGAGCAGCAAGAGAGCAGCAGCUGCUGCUACUGUGGUGAUGCAAAUGCAAGCUGCGAGUGUCUCAGUGACGCAGGGUUUGUGGCUGCAGCUGCCGACCAAGUCCCGGAAGAAGAAGAAGGCCUUGCAGUAGUUGAUGCAGAGCCCCCCAGUGCUGCUCUACUGCAUUUUGCCGCAGAGGGCAAGGCUAAACGCAUUUUACUUGUUGGAGACGACGAUCCCGUGAGACUGCGUGAGGAGCUAUCGAGUGUCUUGCGAUGUGAGGUGGCAGCGCUGGUGGCCCCCAAAGGCCUCGCCACUGUCGCCCUCGGGAAGGCAGUGGCCGAAACGCUGGGCAUGAGACUCAUUCCGGACUUCGAGCAGUACGUUAAACAGCAGCGGCAGCGACAGCAAGAACAAGGGACUGCUGUUACAGAAGAAGCCGCAACAGCUAAAGGAACAGGAGGUCUGUCUAAAGCGAUUCAACAAGCCAAGGGCAAACUAAGGGCCCCCGCAGUUGUCGCAGAGGCUCUCAGGGCCCUGCGGAGGCCGCAAGGCGCAGGCAUCGGAAGUGGGGUGCUGCUGCUCGAUAUGCUCGACAGCGCUGAGUUGGCUGAGGAGCUCGAGAGUCGGCAGCUUCCUCUGACGCGCGUCAUUAUUCUGGAGGCUCCCCAGGAGACGCUUGAGGCGGCAGCGGGAGAUGGCGGAGAGGCGGAGGCUGAAGAUGCUAAUGAUGAAGAGGGAGAGUCACGACUCGUGAUGGAGAAGAAGAUAAGGGACCAAAUUGCAAACAUUUACAAGGACCGCUGCGUGCGCAUACACCUGAGUGCUGCCGCUGCUGCUGCUGCUCUGGCGCCCCCACCGACGGGCAGCAGCGAAGAAGACGAUGAAGGACCAACUCCUGCCGAACUAGCAGCAGCCGAAGCGAAGGCGGCAGCAGAAGCAGCAAAAGAAAUCGCUGCUGCUCUCAGGAAACCCGCGGCAUUCAUCUUAGCAGACGGCUUGCUGUCGACUGAAGCAGCAGCGGCUGUCCGGCAGGGCCUUGCAUUAGGUUUCACCAACAAACUAUUCGUCGUAGACAGAAAACAUUUAGAGCUGGUGGGGCGCUCGCUUUUCUACUUUACCCUUCCCGCCUGCAGCCGUGACAACAGCAGGGACAAUUUAUCUCUUAACCCCAAACUCUAUCCCCAUACCCCAAGUCUGCGGGAGCAGGGGGCUUACAACUGGGGAUGGUAUAGGGCUUAUGGUCUACGGGUCAGUUGGGCCCACUGGGGCCGUCUGCGGUGUCCAUGCAGGGGCCCUCUCUGCCUCUUCCACUCUUCGCAUCGUCGGUCGCAGGCCUCCGUUUGGUGCUCGCUGGCUUCCCAGCUCCGUGGCCGGCUGACCGACGGGCGGAACUCCACGCUCAAAUUCAGCGACUCCGCCAGCUCUGUGACAUUAAAGAUCGCCGCCGUCGAACUCGCCACCGCCGCCCAAAUAUGGAAAAUCAAAACUGCUGAACUCCAAAUCGAGGAGGCCUGCACAGCUACGGAGCUGUUCCCGAAGAUCGACCAGCUGCUGCAGCAGCUGCAGCAGCCGCGCGAACUGUCACCUCUCGAGGAGCUGCAGCUCAAUCCUCCUGCCCCUGAACCGUUGGAGAAGGAGGGCUCAGAAAGCGAAGAGGAGGAAGAAGAGACAUAA